UUGAUGCUGCGGUUUUCACUGCUGUGUUGGUAACAGCAUGCUGAGCUUCCACUCCGUGAUGGAGGGAGUGUGUGCAGGCAGACUGACUGUGGAGCAUCUGUCCUCUUUACAGAGUGUAACGAAGGCUUUGAGAGAUGAACAGUUCAGGUGUGGUGUGGAGACCGAGGUCCUGCACAGUCUCUCCGCACUUUUACUGAGACUUUCUGAUGAGCUCCAAGAGGAUGACGAGGCUCAGACAGCACUGCUGUGUCUCCAGCUUACAGCCGAGUGCUUCCGGGCGCAGAGAAAUGCCUGUGUGCAGUGUCCUCGCAACCAGUGCAUUCUACGGGAUCAGGGCUGUAUCCAAGUAUCACUAGGGAUUCUAGGAAAGCUGCUAAAGCUUACAUCAGGAGCGUCUGAUCAUCGUCUCGAUGCACUUCGGUGUGGAAUUCAGUUUCUCGGCAAUGCCGCAGUUGGGAACCAGCUAUGCAAAGACGACAUUUGGGCCUGUGGUUUUCCACACAUGUUUUUGGAUCUUUUGGAACUGAAUGAUGAGAAGGCUGUGGCGUAUACGUGCAUGGUCGUAUACACCUGUCUGGAUGCAGAGAAGACAGAACAGCUGGUUGUGGAUCCGAUCAAGCUGAAAGUGGCGCUGAAGAUCACUGAGCUGUGCCGGACUCGGCCUGACAUUGACUGGACAGUACUGAUUGUCACACAACAUUUCUUCAAAUCCUCCGAGCUCACUGAGAAGAUGUAUGCAGAGAUGAACGAUCAUGAAAGGCUUACGUUACUGGAGCUUGUGUUAGCCCAGCUUGGAGAAGUUAAAGAGGAAGACUGUGUGAUUCCUCUGAGAACAGCUCAGUUCUUCGCAUUGUCCUUCCGGCAUAGCUGCAAGGCUGUUCUCGCUCUCAGCUCCGUCUCGUCAGCUGAUGAGCAGGCCUUGGCAGUGAUCAGGCUCCUGGAUAUUCUCUGUGACAUGACGUCUGGACAGAAGAAAUUUAUGGCGCUGCAGGAUCACCCAGACCUUCUCCUGACAACAGUUGAGCUCCUGAAGGAAGUGCAUUUUCUAGGGAAGGCCAGUAAAAAUGUGUUCAGUGCAGCGCAGGAUUUUUCUCUCACGUCAUCAGACGAAGCGGGCACACACCCUGCCCUCAGCUUUAAAGCCCACCUCAUCCGGCUGAUUGGAAACCUGUGCCAUGGACACACAGCCAACCAGAAUCAGGUCAGAGAACUGGACGGUAUAGCCCUCAUCCUGGACAACUGCAAUAUAGACAGUAACAAUCCCUUCAUAAGCCAGUGGGCUGUUUUUGCCAUCCGGAACAUUCUGGAGCACAAUGUGGAGAACCAGAAGCUGGUGCAGGGCUUAAGGAGGCAAGGGGUGGCGGAUGACUCUGUACUCAGAGAGUUGGGCUUCUGUGUGCAAGAGAGAGACGACAACCUGCUCCUCAGACCUCUCAAAAAGGAGAAAGAGCAAAGAGAGCACUAAACCUGGAGCCCUCAUCUCAUCCCAUCCACUCCUCCACACUCGACAUCACAUUCUGGAGACAGCUUAAGACACCCACAGAGACCGUUGUGCACACAGAAAACACAGAGGGCAUUUUAAUAUCCAAUCAGUAUUGAGAACACAAGGGGGCAGGGAAGCGGAGAGAGGGGGGGUACUUUGCUUUGUACUCUUUGCAUAAGAGGAACGCCAAGGGGCUUUUCUGCAGGGACUCAUGCUGAUGCCUGUGAUGCAUUUAGUGGCCUUUGAUUCCAGCUCGCAGUGAAUAGGAUUCAAAUCCUCUGAAACAAGGAGACCCAUGUCUUCCUGGCUUUUCAGCCACCAAAGAAACUCUAGUGACCAGUGGGGAAUAGAGGUUAAUCUCUAAUCCAGUGAGUUUUAUGGAGACCUGGGGCCCCCUUGAUCCGUUCACAUGAGGGUUUCCUCUCAAUAGCCGUGGGACUUGGGUCCCCACUUUUUUUUGUGUUUUGUUUUAUUUUGUGUUGGUUUUUGGCUGUUUGCUGCUUUGGGAAUGUCACAUAUACAGGGCUACACACAGUCCCUGCACUGCUUUUCUCCUUUACAGUUAAAUGAAUACUCACUUAUCUGUCUAUGUAGAGUUUGUUGUAGAUGAAUGAGCUUUCAGUCCAGUUGUGGUUUAAAAUAUUCUGUUUUCACACAAAAUGCCAGCUCCUCCUCUAGCAGUACUCGCAUCUACGCUGACUUAUCGGCUGUAUGAUCAUCGUACUUUCUCCGUUAGCCCGUCAUGUGUUUGGGUAAAAGUCUGUUACGGCCCAAGCAUAUUGCUCUAAGGUCAGUCAGACCAGAAGUAUUAUCUUGCAGGAUGGCAUGACACCUCGUCUCCCGCUCACUCUGGCAGAAUGAGCUGAGCGUUCCUGACACCUGCAUAAUACCCAGCUGCAGAGGCCUCUCCACACCCCACGCCGCCCUGUUUGCUCUGCUUCAUAUUUUUUAAUGACAAAAUGUUUGUGUGAAACAGUUGAGGUUGACUUUUCUCCCAAUCCAGGCUAUAGUGUUGGGAGCUUAUGUGGUUCCGGUAGCCAGCGGAUCAGACGGCUAACAAAACACGACUGCUUUACUUCUGCUCCGCUGGCUGCCUGUAAUUCUUUUCACACAGGAAAAGAGCGCUGAGCGAGGGAAUGAGGCAGCGUGGACAGCUAUUCAAAUGCUUGCUGGGCAGGACUGGAUAGAGAGGAGGGUCGUGCUACGCCAGCAACAAUCACACAUCACUCAACUACUCUCAAUUUGGAAAAUGCUCCAUGCACAUAAGUUGAUCUGAUUUAAUAUUUUUAAUAUUUAAACAAUGAUUUCUGGUUUCGUUGUCAGCCACACAGUGAAUAGUCAUGAACAGCAGUGUUCACUGAAAUGAAUUCAUUUAUUAACCUAAUAACGUUGCUGCAUUACUACACGUAUAACCAGGCUACAAAAGGAUGAGAUGGGUUUUUGUUAAGUAGAUAAAAAAAAAAUUGGGCUACUGUGGAAAAAAGAAACAGUGUGUACAUAAUUAAUUUGGGACACAAUUCAGCAUAAUCAAUAGUUCAAAUCAUAAAGAAACAAUGAUAAUAUAUAAUAAGGAAAAUAGUAAUAAUUACUCUUUUUCUGAAUAUACAUGACAUAAAGUGCCAGGUUUUCUGUGUAAAAAAAUAUACUUUCUCAAAUUUGCCAGCCCUAAACCUUGCAUAAACAAUUUUGAAUAAAAGAAUGUUGCUACCCAUGAAUCUUUUCAGCCCCCAGCUGUAUGGUUAGGCAAAUUCCAUUGGCUCAGGCGGAAUAUAGUUGGCUGGGGGGGAGUUUGUGCAAGCUGGGCCAGUGAUGUGGAAUCCCAUGUCUCUGGCAUUUGUGAGAAUAUUCUGUGCAUAGUUUGGUCACCCGAUUGCAUUUCCAUGAAGUAUUUUACCAGCACUCUUGCACUCCCAUACUUUUGUGCAUGCACAAAAGACACAUUUACACACUGAGAUGAACAGACAAUGCAUGUCUCAUUGCCACGUUGUGGUGGUUUGAUUCAGUAUAGCAUUUUUUUUUUCAACAUUAACCAUUCUCACAAAAGUAUGCAAUUUUUUGGGAGACCCACAACAAAACAGAACAGAAUCACACAUCCCACCGCAGCAAUCAGCAACACAUUCAGUGACUCCAUGACAUCUUGUCCAGUUGGCUGUGGACUUAGCUGGCCUGUUUUCUAUCAGUGAGCAGCAAAGAAAAGCAGGGAAAAUAAAUACUCGUCUGCCAACUUUGAAUCUGA